AUGGUUUCGUUACAGGAAGUUCAAAAUGAGACCUGUGCCAAGCAGUUGAAUGAUCUUCUCGGAAAUGAAUGGACAAUGGUUUACGCGAAGAAAGAUUAUCCCGAUGUGGCCCUCGCAACAAAACAUACUGUAAUCCCCGAGUCAGUUUUGAACACAACAGCUGGCGUUCAUGCAACGAUCGAGUUUCCCGAUGGAUUUCGAGUGAAUUUCUGGGCUUUUCAUGGAUGGUACAAAGCCUACGGUCCUUAUGCUGCUUUCAAUCGUUUAGUCACAAAUAUCUCUCAAAUAAUCGUUGGAGAGAAUGUUCCAUCAAGAAAAAAAACUGGAAGAGCCGGUAAUAUCAAAGAGAUUUUGAAUUGUAAAACGAUGAAAGGAGAUUUGAAAGAAUUGAAAGAGAUACCGAUGGUGAUUGCUGGAGAUUUCAACUCACCGAGUCAUCAGGAUUGGAUUGAGGAGAACAAAGAUCUUCACGGUGGUUGGGUUGUCCCUUGGCCCUCAACGAAACAGCUCACCGAUGUCGGAUUUGUUGAUUCAUUCCGAGAGAUUUAUCCCGAUCCCAUAAAGGACCCUGGAUUAACCUGGUCAACAAUGUGCAAACAGAAUAUUGAAUGGGAGUAUUCAUUUCCCGAACCACAAGACCGCGUCGAUUUCAUCUUUUAUAAGGGAUUUGUGCGACCAAUGAGAUCUGAGCUCUACUCAGGAGCCGAAGCAAUUAAAAUAAUGCCCAAUCAGAAAACAAAUGACUAUCCAUCCGAUCAUUAUGCGUUGUUCACCGAUUUUGAGAUGUUCAGCGGCAAUUUCUUGAAGAGGAUCACGCAAGCUUUAAUCGGAAGAAUGACACUGCCUGAGACAACAAAGGCAUCGACAUCGGCCAUGCAGGGACGAUUGGUUUGGAUAGAUUGUGAAAUGACAGGUCUUGAGCCGGAAGUUCAAACACUCGUCGAAGUCGCAGUCAUUGUCACCGAUCAGGAUUUGAAUAUAGUGGCCGAAGGUCCGGAUAUUGUCAUUCAUCAAACGGAAGAAGUCCUCGACAAUAUGAAUCCGUGGUGUAAGAAGACAUUUGCGAAAAAUGGUUUACUACAAAAGAUUCGAGACAGCAAAAUUUCAAUGGAAGAAGCCGAAGCACAGGUACUGUCUUUUCUUGAACCCUUAGUGGAAAAGGGAGUUUCUCCGAUUGCAGGAAACACGGUAUGGAUGGAUCGUGUCUUCAUCAAAAAAUACAUGCCCCGAUUGGACGCACAUCUCCAUUACCGAGCGCUCGAUGUUUCAACGCUUAAAGAGAUUUCACUGCGUUGGUACCCGGAAGAAUUGAAGUUAGCGCCGAAGAAAAAGGGAUUGCAUAGAGCCCUCGAUGACAUCAAAGAAUCGAUAACCGAGCUCAAAUUCUACAAAGAAAACAUCUUUAAACAAAAAAAAUCUCCUCACAUGGGUCUCCUCACACACCGUUUCCGCUAUAUCGUCGUUUUCGGGUGUUUUCUCUGUUUAACAGCAAUCAACUCAAACUAUAUCACAAUGAAUUUCACGUUUAUUUGCAUGAAAGAUGAUAUGGAUGGAGCGAUCAAGAAUGAUAAUGGAACUUUGGUCAGUCGUUACGAUUACACACCAAUGGAGAAGAGUUACAUUGUGUGGGCGGUGGCUGCGGGGACAAUUCUCGGCACAUUUCCCAUCAAUUGGGGUUACAUUCAUUAUGGGGCAAGAUUCCCAUUCUUGAUCGCCGGCACUUUGUCAGCUCUUUCAACAGCUCUUGUUCCAUUUGCCGCUUCUUUCUCGUAUCCUUUCUUGCUUGGGCUGAGAUUUGUUCAGGGUCUCGCCUACUCUGCUGAUUUCGCGGCCAUCGGUUUGGUGACAGUUAGAUGGGCUCCACUAGCCGAGACUGGGGUUUUCAUUGCAGCGAUGACAUCAUUCACUCCUGUUUCCACAACAAUUACGAAUCCGGUUUCCGGUUGGAUCUGCGACUCGUCUCUCGGAUGGAAAUGGGCUUUCUACGCGCACGCGAUUGCCACAGUUAUUUUCUUUUUGGGUUGGCUAUGGUAUUACACAGACAAUCCAUCCACCCAUCCCCGUGUUGAUUCAAAAGAGCUAAAGAAGAUUCAAGAAGGAAAAACCGAAGCUCAUAUCAAAGGAGAUAGCUUUGUGCCAUAUUUGGAAAUCUGUAAAAACAAGACGAUCUUGGUUGUGUGGUUCAAUUCGUUUGGGGAAAUGACCACAGUGACCCUUCUACUCACCUAUAUGCCUCUUUAUUUGAACACGGAAAUCAUCAAAAAUCCGGUGAUAAUUGUGGUUUGGUUAAACUCGUUGGCUGAAAUGUUCUCCGGUAUUUCCAUUCUCACCUAUAUGCCCAUCUAUUUUCACACGGUUCUCGGUUUCGAUGUGGUUACAACGGGGAUUCUCGCGGCUGUCUCCUCAUUUAUGCACGCUCCAUUAAAAUAUGCGUCUGGAUAUUUUAGUGACAGGAUACACUCAAUCAACGAGAUCAAAAAGAUGCAAGUGUGCAAUUUUAUCGCUGUCGGUUUCGCGGGUAUUUGUUGUAUCAUGAUCGGAAUCGUGAAAAGGGCAGCUGGUGGAGUGCUGGCUGUGGUUUUCUUCACCGGGGUUUAUCUUUCGAUGUCGGCCAACUGUGGGGGUUUCUAUAAAUGUGGAACGCUUGUUUCUAGACAAUAUGCUCAUUUUGUGUUGGCGACUAUUCAAUUCAUGAAAUGUGUGGCUCUUGUGGCAGCUCCAGCAAGUUGGGCAAUCUUUGUGAGAGAUGAGACUGAUGUCGUUCAAUGGUCGUAUGUGUUCUAUUUGAAUGGAGCCGUGCUUAUUGUGGCAAACAUUCUUUUCCUCUUCGUUUGCACCGAUCAACCAGCCGCAUUCACUCAUAUCACGCGAGAGUCAAGAGAUCAAAUGAAAAAAGAUACA